AUGGAGCCCACUGCCAAAGGCACGACAACCGACGCCAUGAUCAAAGAGGCUAAGCGUUCCAGACCAAUCGACCUCCCCCGGGGUCCUGGGAGUAUCGGCCGACAUCGUGGGCUCCAUCCAGGAGUCGGCAACGAGGGCAUUGUGCACGGCCGUGACCCAUUGGUCUCCCUCAUCCCAGGACAAGGUCUUGUGUCAGGUUCUGCCCUACGCAACGCAAUUGGACGUGGCCGUCCUACUCAAAACCGACAUGUCUGCCACUUCUCCUUCCCUGGUAGAUGGAAACCGAAACCCUAUCUCGUCCAUCGUCUGUCCCGUCCGCUGCCUCGCCAGGUUCUCACCCCCGAAGCUGUCGCCGCUGCCAUAGCCAUCAUGCCUCAUCGACCAAGUACUUCUGCUGGGCCUGGAUCUUUCCGGUCCGCAAGUUCGAGGUCACUACACGAUAAACGCCAGUCAAAGGACGACAUGUUGCUCCCUGUGGAUGGACGGAUAGGUACUGGAAGGCCAACUCAAGGCAUGCACCCAUACAUGAUGGGUAUGAGAGGUGGAAAUCUGCCGACGCCAGAGGCGAGUCCCGAUCAAGCAGCAGCAUCCAGCAUGAGUUCGUUUUUGGCUCCGGCCACUCAGCCUAUGACGGGCCACGAGUCCUUCAUUACCUCGAUGGAGGUUCCGAUUGGAAUGGCUCUGGGAAGCCCUUCGCAAUUCUCAGAAAUUCAGAAUCAACCCAGCUCAUGGCAACCACAAAGCGGCACACCACCUUGGAGGACUCCUUCACCACCGCCGCCACCGCCAGCAGCAGCUCCGCAGAUGGUACCUCAGGCAGCGCCUCCAGCACCACCCCCUCUUCAGAGACGAAAGACAACAAGGCAAAGGAUAUUCGGGGCCUUGUUUGGGAGGGGAAAGCAGUCAGAUUCGGCAAAGGCCGCCGACCUUAUCUCUGCAAACAGUUCUGCGGUUUCCCUGUCUACAACAGGUGGUGGCCGGGAACCUGCUGGCAAUGCCGUCCCAUCGAGGAGCAACACGAUUAGUGGGAGGAAAGGACCCAGGCAUGUCCCAAUACUUGUCAGGUCAAAUACGGAUCUCCCAAUAACUACUACUGCGCCUGUCGAGCCAAGGCAGUGGGAGCAGCCACCUCCACCACCACCGCUGAUGCCACCAGCAAGUUCCUGGAAUGAUCUUUCCCGCAGUGUAACGCCCAGUUCGUUGGCCAACUCUAGUGCCCCCUCACUACUCGACGUGGAGAUUCCAAGCAUCAAAAUGGAACGAUACAGCGUUAUGUUUAGUGGAGUCCUGAACCCGCAGCAACAAAAGCAACAAAGAAGAAAGAGCAACAUGACACUCCUGGAGAGGCGUCAGGCUACGCUCGAAAAGCUGAAGUCGAUCAAUGAUAGGGUCGUGGCUGAAUGCGAAGAAGAGGUAAAACAGCUCCGUAGAGCAAGCUCACCCCAGCCGACACAGUCACCAGGCUUUUCGAUUUUACCACCAACCCCGAGCCGUCAACAACUCGAUGUUCCCCCAACUCCUCGAUCACGCUCGAACUCCUCACCGGCCGUCAUCCCGUCACCAACGGUGGAAAUGUUUUCUGAAUACAUGCAACCAUUGGAAGCGCCUCCUACUCGAAGGGAGAAAAAGCGAGUGACGAUAAUCUCGCUACGGACGAUGGAAGAGCAAAACCGUGCCAAUCAGAUUCAGGGGAUGUUGGAGGAGCAGGAGCAGCAACAUACCCAAAAUUUCCACGAGGCCCAACCACAGCAGGAAGACGAACCAGAGUAUCUUCCUGGUGAGGAAGUCCUCUCUGUCAGCCCCAGAAGGCCGGAGGCCUGGGAAGAACAGCAACAACCUCAGCCUAAACCGGAACAAGCUUUCCCCCCGCGGAAAGACUCUCAUUUCGCUCCCGAAAAGUCGUUUCUCGUCCUUGAUACCCCUCUGAGCCCACCAGAACAACUCCUAAACGUCUCGAGCAGUCGGCAGGCGGAAGACCCAGAAAUCGUUGGCCCGUUCCUCCUCAAGCCAACCGUCUACCAACCGCCCGAACCGCGAUUAGUAGUUCCCAGCCCGCCAUCACGCUCACCCCCGUCACCACCUCAGCCGUCUUUGCCUGAAAUAACGUCACCUCCUAUUCUCAGCCCUAAGAGCCCGACUUUGCCCUCCACCUGUUCUCCCGCCUUCCUCACCCACAAAGGCCACACCCUCUCCCCAUCCGUUGACCUCGCCGCCGCCGCCGAGGAGGAAACCGAAGAAGCAGAUCCCAUCAUCAAAGCCGCCGUCGAGAUCUCCGUCGCUCGCACCAUCAGCAUCUCCCGCCGCGCCGGCGCCCAGCAGAAACGGGUUGAAUCCUCUGCGUCGUCCAGAGCUGCUUCCCCACAGCAACAACGCUCCCCUUCUCAACCCCCCACCCACUCACGCUCAGAAAGGCCACCUCCAGUCCCGCUCGCCCGCAGCGCCUCCGUCAGCGCCGGCUCCCUGCAGCGCUCGCGCUCCGUGAAAGCCAGCCAAAUCACCAUCACGCGCGCCGGUACGCUCAAAGUACGAAGGCCGGGAGCGGAGGCUGGGGAACCCACAUUGAUGACGACGAACGACCUAGGCAGGGUGGCAGAGACGAAGCAGGCUACGCCGACGUUGGUGGUGCCACCGCCAGCGGAGUUUCUGAUCAACAGUCCUUGCUCUGCGCUGUCUACUCCGGGGUUGACUACACCGGGUACCGCGGGAAGUGAGCUGCCCAAGGAGGUGUUGGCUAGGUAUAGGAAGAGCGAGAGGGUGGUGAUUGGUGAUACGACGGAGUUGAGUGACUCUGGCUCGGAUGGGUCUGAUGGGUCGGAGAGCGGUAGGGAGGGGAAAGGAGAAGCGGAAGACCAGAACCGUGGUCGGGAUCAGUUCAAGAGGCCACCGGGUUUUGCCGAAGCUCGGUAUGUGAGAGCCUAG